AUGACGUCCACGCUACAGCCACUCGACGUGUGCCUGAACAAGCCGUUCAAGGCACACUUGAAGCGGCUGUAUGCCCAGUGGAUGUACGACGACCUUUACGCCCUCACACUGGCGGGACGCGUGCGAAGGCCCGAUAUUCCAUUGCUGUGCCAGUGGCUCUUGGAUGCGUGGAAAGCGAUACCGGCCGACUUGAUGGACAUUGAACCUCCCCAAAAUCUAAAGUUGAUCCACUCCCAAAUUCAAGUAGAUCCACCCCCAAACUUCAAGGCGCGAGAAGUCAAGGAGUCCCGUUGGGCGCUGGUGCUGGAGUACCUGCACUGUGGUGUAGCCAGACAUUUUUCUCGCGAGAGCACGCACUUGACCAGGGAGGAAGAGGGAGGGGAGAGGAGGUUGGUGGUGGAGCAGACGUACGAGAUACGGGUGUACGAUGAUUUCGUCAUCCGCAUGAACACCGGCGUGCUGAGGUGUCACGUUCCCAAGUAUGUCAGGGAGUACGUCAUCGUCACGUCGUGGAUCCGCAGCGAUGGGUUCAUCAUCUCCGUACAAGCUAUCCCAGACGAAAACUCCAAGUACGUGGCCUUCAGAACGGGCGAGCUUCACGUGCGGCGAGCAGGUCCCGAGGACAGCCACCAUUCCUUUCAGUGCCAAACAAAGGACACACUCACGGGUGCCGCGGUCAGCAGCAUCACGGCCGGAAAGCUGGUCAUCACAGAGCCCCACUCGAGCAUACCAGCCAAGGUGAUCCACUGGAGCCGCCAGGUGGAAGGACCGCACGGUUCGACGCUCUUCGUGCCGUGCGAGGCCCAGGGCCACCCGGAGCCCUCGUACCGCUGGUACCGCCAGCACGGCAGCCGCCUCAGGCCACUGCUGCCCCUCGGGGAGCCCGGCAUCGUGUUCGUCGGCGGCACGCUCGUCUUCCGACGGGCCUCGGUGCAGGACAGCGCCACGUACGUGUGCGUCGUGAGCAACGGGGCCGGCGUCGAGGACAAGAACGAGAUGCAGGUGCUCGUCACUGAGCCCUUGGAGGUCGACGUGUGGACCCGGACGAGAGAAGUGCGCUCCGGGGACUCCCUGACGCUCAACUGCAGCGUGUCCGGCUUUCCCGUCCGCUCCGUCACGUGGUUCAAAGAUGGCCGCCCCAUCACGGGCCCGUCGGCCGCCAAAGGCGCCGGCAGGGGUGGCAGCCAGGUGUCGUCCCGGCGCGUGCUCAUGCUGAACCAGUACGUGCUGCGCAUCCAGGCGGCGCAGAGCGACGACUCCGGCGUCUACCAGUGCCACGCGGCGAACGAGCGGGACUCGGCGCAAGCCCAGGCCUACGUCCACGUCCGGUCUGAACCACCGGUCCUCGUAUCCCACUUUGAAGACGUCGUGGUACGCCCGGAAGAACCAGUGUCGUUGAGGUGCGCGGCCACCGGUACACCACUGCCUCAGAUCACGUGGUCUAUUUAUGACGUCCAAGUUCAAGACUCCAGCCGGGUUCGCGUGGGAGACUACGUGAGCCGCGACGGCUCGGUGAUCAGCUUCGUCAACGUCACGCGGGCGCGGCACGAGGACGGAGGCGCUUACCGGUGCGAGGCCUCCAACGAGCACGGCUCGCAGGCGCACGCCGGCCGCCUCAACGUCCUCGGGCCGCCGGCGGUGCACGACAUGGCCAACCGCACCGUUGUUGCGGGACGCAGGGCGGUGCUGCACUGCCCCUACUACGGGCAUCCUGUCGCCAGGGUGGCGUGGCGCAAAGAUGCCAAGAGCCUGCCCAGCAGCAAACGCGUUAUGGCUUACCCGAACGGCUCGCUUAUCCUGGAGGCUGUGAGCCGCAAGGACGACGAGGGGCGCUAUUCCUGCUCUGUCAGCAGCGAGCACGGCAGUGAAGCCCACAACUAUCUCCACCUCAGGGUGCUGGUUCCGCCGUCCAUAACGCCCUUCUCGUUUCCCGAGAAGCCUCAGCUGGGCUCUCGAGCCAGCGUCACGUGCAGCGUGCCCGAGGGAGACCCGCCCAUACGGCUGUCGUGGCUGCGAGACGGCGUGCCUCUGGACUCCGCCUCCUCUUCCACCUCUGCGGUGGGCAUCUCCUCGGGCCACGUGGACGACUUCAUCUCGACGCUGGUGUUCAGGUCGCUGCGCGAGGAGCACACGGCUGUGUACACGUGCCUGGCUGCCAACGAGGCCGCCUUUAUCAAUUACUCGGCGCCGCUCGUCGUUUACGCUCCACCGCGGUGGCGGCUGGAGCCCAAAGACACCACGGUGACUACCGGUGAUCGCAUAAUCCUGGACUGCCAAGCUGACGGCACCCCAGAACCCAGAGUGCGCUGGAAGAAGUCUGCAGGGCUGCAGGGUACCGAAUUUCGCACGGUCAUCAGCAGCUCCCGAAUGCAAUCGCUCGUGAAUGGCUCACUGGUCAUACAAGAGGUGGAGACGUUGGACGCCGGCGGAUACAUGUGCGAGGCCACCAAUGGCGUCGGGCUGCCACUGUACACCGUCGUCCAGGUCAACGUUCAUUCUCCAGCCAAGGUACGGCAGCGUUUCAUGUCCCAAACGACAGCAAGAGGCCAGGUGGUGAAGCUUCGCUGCGAAGCCACUGGGGACAAACCCAUCAGAUUUUUCUGGUCCAAGGACAGCAAACCCAUUAAGUCAUUUUCAAGUCCCAGGUACUCGAUCGAAGAUCACUCUGGCGAAGAGACACCCUGGUCGGAACUAGUAAUCCUGUUUGCCGAGAAGAAAGACACCGGUACCUUCAGGUGCGACGUGUCAAACUCGUAUGGACAGGACGAGCAGGUGACCCAUCUCUCUAUACAAGACCGGCCGGAACAGCCUCCAAGACCAGGAGUGCUCAACGUACUCAGCCGAUCUGUUACCAUUCUGUGGAAGAGUCCGGGUGAUGGCAACUCCCCGAUUACCAAGUACAUCGUGCAGUACAAGAGGAGCGCAGAGUCGUGGGAGAAACAGCUGAGCGAAAUGGUGGCGGAGUCGGACCAGAGCCAGGUGACGGUGCAGGACCUGCAGCCCCUCGCCGAGUACAACUUCCGCGUUCUGGCCCAGAACGCCAUCGGGGUUGGGCCUCCGAGCGAAGCACUUACCGUCGUCACCGACGGAGAAGUGCCUGCAACACCUCCUCAAAGUGUCAAGGUGACGGCUAUCAGCUCAAGAAAAGUAGAAGUAUCUUGGAAGCCGCCGCCGGUGCACCUCCAAUACGGUGAAAUCCAAGGCUACUACGUUGGAUACCGCGUCCACGGCUCCACCGAGCCUUACGUCUUCAAGACCGUCACCGUCCCUUCGACGUCUUCGCACGUGGCGGUUGGCGGCGCAGUCUCGCGCUGCUUGGUGGACGACCUGCAACGUGCCACCGCCUACGCGGUCGUGGUGCAGGCGUACAACGACAAAGGCGCGGGUCCUUUGUCCGACGAGAUUCGCGUGCACACGCACGAGCACGACCCACCUCCGCCACCUAGCGUCACUGUGACAACGAGGACUACGGAGUCCAUAGAACUAGCCUGGACGCCACAGGACGAAGAAAGUGGGGUCGUCGAUGGCUACGUGGCCCGCUGCCGCCUUCACGAUUCCGUCGAGUGGAAGGAGGUGUCCCUGGGCCCCGACAAGCGGAGCUACCUCUUCGAGGGACUAGAGUGCGGUAGCGCCUAUACAUUCUCCGUGCUGUGCUUCAACCACCAUGGACGGAGCGAGCCCGAGGAGCCGCUGCACGCGAUGACCGAAGGCACAGGUUAG